CUUCGCCUUUCGAACCGUCUCAGUUGUCGGUGAGGCCGGCGGGGCGGAUCCCACACUAGAGUGAAAGAGAAAAUAAAGCAACACAAUAAUACCUGGCUAUUUGAUUUAUUUCGCUCGCAAACUCCCCUGUGGAUUAAAAAAAAAAAAAAAAAAAAAAACAUAAAGAUGCCCUCAGCGAUGAACGGUAACAGGACAGUGCAGUCUGCCAGCCCAGAUGUGGGAUCCGCUCCAGGGUCAGUGGGCCAGAUUUCGCUCGGUGGGCAGUCUGAGGUCCUGAAGCAGGUGCUGGUUGUCAUCGAGAAGAAGGCCCGCAACAUGGAAAAGAAAAAGGGCAAACUGGAUGAUUAUCAAGCCAGGAAGAAUAAAGGGGAACGUCUCAAUCAGGACCAGCUGGAGGCCCUGUCCAAAUACCAGGAAGUCGUCAAUAACUUGGAAUUUGCCCGGGAGUUGCAGAAGAGCUUCCUUGUAUUGGGACAAGAUAUCCAGAAAGCAGUGAAGAAGACUGCACGGCGGGAGCAGCUGCAGCGGGAGGAGGCAGAGCAGAAGAGGUUGAAAACGGUUCUGGAACUGCAGUUCCUCCUGGACCGGCUGGGCGACGACACCGUGCGACAGGAGCUGCGACAGGGAGUUGGGGGCUCCCCGCUGCUCACAGAUGCAGACCUCACCGCUCUUGAUGAGUUCUACAAGUUAGUGGGGCCAGACCGUGACCAAAACAUCAGGUUGGCUGACCAGUAUGAAGAAGCAUCUGUACACCUUUGGGACCUACUGGAAGGGAAGGACAAGGCUGUGGUAGGAACAACAUACAAGGCACUGAAAGAGACUUUGGACCAGGUGCUGCAGAGUGGCUACUUUGACAGGGUGCCAUCUCACCAAAAUGGAGUGUGUGAGGAGGAAGAGGAGGAAGAACAAGCAGCAGCCGCCGCAGUAGUCGAGUCAUCAGAAGCAGAGGAGCAGACUGUUGAUCCAGAACCUGAAAUAAUUGAGGAGUACACAGAGCCCGUUGAGAUGGAAGCCACAGAGUUUGUAAACAGACAGUUCAUUCCAGACGGCACGUACAGCAGCAGUGAGAAGGAGCAGGGGGAUGAGUGGACCACAGAAACAGAGGCAGUCAGUGCCAUGCAGCAGCAACCCGUUCAGCCCACUCCACCUCCUGUCCCGCUGGAGACCCACUCGUUGAACUUAGCCACUUCUGCACCGCCCACUGACCCCAUGGUCAGGAAGCAGGUAGUGCAAGACCUAAUGGCACAGAUGCAGGGAACGUACAACUUCAUGCAGGACUCCAUGUUAGAGUUUGACGGACAGCCUAUCGACCCAGCCAUUGUAUCUGCCCAGCCCAUGAAACCUGCUCAGAACAUUGACUUGCCUCAGAUGGUGUGUCCUCCAGUUCAUCCAGAGUCCCGGCUAUCGCAACCCAGUGCUGUUCCUGUUCAACCUGAGCCCACACAAGUCCCUAUCGUUUCUCCCACACCGCCUCCCAUGUAUCAGACCUCUCACACACCAGAUCCCCGGCCUUCCACAGAAUCCAUUGACCCCAUCCAGACCUCCAUGUCCUUGUCGUCAGAGCAGCCUCCACCCUCUACGGCUCUCCCCCCUGCCUCUCAGACACAGGUUUUCCAGCCAGUUUCCAAAGCUCCUCACAGCAGUGGCAUCAAUGUCAACGCAGCACCAUUCCAGUCAAUGCAGACAGUGUUCAACCUCAACGCCCCAGUCCCACCAGCUAAUGAGACGGAGGCUUUGAACCAGGCCAACCAGUACCAGAACAGCUACAACCAGGGCUUCAGCAGCCAGUCCCAGCAUCCUGUGGAGCAGACAGAGAUGCAGUCAGAACAACUGCAGUCUGUAGUUGGUGCCUUCCAUUCCCAAGACCAAUCAGGAGGCCAUCAGCAGCCUUCGCAGCAAGGCCCGGGCUUCGGCCGGCAGACUCAGUCCUUCUACAGCAGCAGAGGCAUGUCCCGCGGUGGCCCCCGCAACGCCAGGGGCAUGAUCAACGGCUACAGAGGCUCAUCUAAUGGAUUCAGAGGUGGUUAUGACAGUUAUCGCCCUCCCUUCGCCAACACUCCAAACUCGGGAUACGGACAGACCCAGUUCAAUACACCUCGGGAUUACUCAAAUGGAAAUUAUCAGCGGGAUGGUUACCAACAGAACUACAAGCGAGGAGCUGGCCAGGGACCCAGAGGAGUGUCUCGAGGCAAUACUCAGGCAAUGAGAUCCUGAAAGGCCUUUUUAUAUUGACUGUGACUAACUUGCACCACACUGAAAAUUCAAAAAAUCAAGAAUGCAUUUGCCCCAGCUCACUUGUUCUUUUUUUAUUUUUUUUUUCAUCAGUGGUAUUUUUUCCUGGCUCUUUAAUCAAAGUAUGCCUGCUUUGAUAUUUGGAAAUAUUAAACAUUUUAAGUCUGAACACAAGCUAGCCUGUAAAUCCAGUCAUGGAUAAUACACAAGCACGUGUUACGAUGUUCCUGUAAACUUGAAAGAUUUCAUUUAAGUUAUUUUUUUGUAUAAAAUAAGACACCUGCCACUGCUGGUCCAAUCCUUGGGAGUAUUUCCCCCCUUCUCAGCCCUUUUUCUUUUGUUUGUCAUUUUGGUUCUAAAAAGCGUUUUUAUUUUCAAUGAGCUCCCAGUUCCUUGUUUGUAAAUUGAUGUUGCUUCAAUAGUUUCAAUAAAGAUGUGUUGCAUACCCA